AAAGCUGCCACCACCACCUCCUCCAUCACCACCGCUGCUGCUGCUGCUUCCACCAUCUCCAUCACCUCCACCACCACGGCCGUCACCCGCUUGGUGGCGAGGCCGUGCCGGCUUCAGCAAAGCUCUCUGGCCGCUGUGCUGAGAAAGACGACCGCGGGCGAGAGAGAUCGAGAUCGAGAGAGAGAAGGAGGAGGAGGAGAGAGAGAGACACGCGCACACGAACGCACACAAUGUGCUCCUGUAGCUUAACGGGCAAAGUGGAUCGGCCAUAAAGCGUGGGGAGGUGGGGGGCCCCAUCGGCCUAGCGACCUCUUGCCUCGCUUUGCCUCGCACCCCCCCCCACUCCACUCAUCAUCAUCAUCGUCGUCGUCCGGAGGAGUCGAGACGAGGCAAUGGACGAGAUGCUGCGGCACGGCCAGCCGGCGCGCGUCUUCAUGGACGGCGCUCUCGUGGCGUGGGUAAAGACGCUGUGCACUGCAGAGGAAAGAGGAGGGGACGAGGAUAUCGGAUACAAUGACCUUGCUGACGGUGCCCUUUUGCUGGACAUCAUGCGGAAAAUCGAACCCAGGAAGAUAGAGAGCAAGAGGCAACGUGUCGCAGGCGGCGGGCACAGCUGGAGCAAGAGGCUCGUGAUUCUAUCCUCCGUGCUGGAACACAUCUGUGCGUGUUACCAGGAAAGCCUGCACCAGGUGAUCGUCAUGCCGCUUCCGGACGUUCUGACGUUGGCCCGAGACCCCCACUCAGAGCGCAGCGUGCAAGAACUGAGGAGGGUGCUUCUGCUCAUGCUGGGGUGUGCCGUGCAGUGCGAGAAGAAGGAGGCAUUCAUUGAAAAAAUAACUCAGCUGGACCUGGAGACCCAGGCGGCGAUCGUUAACCAUAUCAAGGAGGUCACCCACAACCCUGAGAAUGUCCUUGAUCUGCACUGGGCAGAUUCCAAUGCUGCAGAAAGCCCCGAUCUGCCGAGUCACAGCAGCCUGGCCAAUCGCUUGCGAGGCGUCGUGGAGGAGAGAGACUCGUUUUCCCAGACGGUUGUGGAUCUGACGCUGGAGGUGGAGCGGCUCCGUGCCGCGCCAGAGCCACCCGCGGCGUCGGUUGGCAACGGGGUGGCUGCGGAUCCGCCCGGCUCCGCCGCGAACCACUGGGACAAGCACGGCAGCCCCGCCGACAAGGCCGCCGCGAGUCCCGCGGAGAGCAACUUCAAGCUGCGGCGGGCGCAGCAGGAGUUGGAUGAGAAGAAAGAGGAGCUCACGGACGUGAAGCAAGAUGUGCAGCGGCUGCACUCCGAGGUUCAGCGACUCCGCCACGAGAACUCUCAACUUGUGUCGGAGGCGUGCUCGGCGCGUGCGUACCGCGAUGAGUUGGAUGCGGCGCACGAGCGAGCCGAGCGAGCGGAGCGGCUCUACGGGGAGGUGGGGCGACUCCGGGAACGGCUACGUGACGCCGACUUUUACAAGAGCCGGGUCGAGGAACUGCGGGAGGACAACGCUCUUCUGCUGGAGGCCAAGGCGCUCCUGGAGGAGAAGGUGGAGGCGGGGAAGGCGCUUGCAGUUCGCCAGCACGAGCUGGAGCGCGACAACGCAGCUCUGAGCGCGCGUCUGCUCCACAUGGAGACGGAGCGCGAGGAGGAGCGACACCGGCUGGAGGAGCUGACGCAGGACCACCUGGCGCUCGAGUCUGCCCAGCGCCGGAGUCUCAACGAGACUGCGCACCUCGGGGCCGAGCUGGAACGGCUGACUCACGCCAGCGGUCUCACUUCCACGCCGAACUCGCUGAGCGUGGAGGUGAACGAGUCGGCCUCGCGGCAGCUGCUGCGCAUGGAGCGGGAGAACCUGGCCCUGCACCGCUCCGUGCAGGAGCUGAGCGCGCAACUGCAGAGCGCUCAGGAAGAAGCGCAGAGGCAGCGGUCGGUGGCGACGCUUCACGGCGGUGGAGAGGAGGUGGCCGGCGUGGCGGGGCGGCACAACGGCUACGACGACGGUGGUGGCGGUGGCGGUGACGUCACGGCCGCCCGCAGAGCUGCCCCCUCCUUCUCCAUCCUGGACGAGAAGUUGGAGGAGCUGGAGCGCGAGAACGAGCGGCUCGCCGCCGAGAACGCACGGCUGAGCCGCGGGCAGGGCUGCGCGCAGAAGCUGGAGUUUACGACAGAGAUCCGCAGAGCGCAGCAGCAGCAGCAGGAGGCUACACAGCUGGUGAGGAGCCAGCAUGAGCAGCAGCAGCAGCAGCAGCUGAAGCUGAGGCUGCAGGAGGUGGAGACGCUGAGCGAGCGCUUGCGGCAAGAGAACGAGAAGCUGCAGCGCAGCUUCGGCCUCCUUCAGGCGAGGGAAGACCGAGCGAAGGUGGACCUGCGGCGGCUCGACGAAGUGGAGAGCGAGAAUGCGAGGCUCCUGCAGCGAGCGCUGUCCGACAAGCUGUCCCUGGCCAUGCUGCAGGAGGAGCUGUCGCAGGAGCGGACGAGGGCCGGCCGCGUGAGAGAGGAGCUGGGCGAGCUGCGGGAGGAGAUGGAGAACUCGACGACGAUGGUCGGCUCCCUGGAGCCCGGUCGCGUCGACGGCCGCCUGGGCAACUCUCUCCACCACUCGCCCUCGCCAGGCAGCGGCGGCGGCCACCCCACCUCGCACGAAACCUGCAGGAAGGCUCUGGAAGGCAAGGCGGAGCAGAUUUCCAUCCUAGAGACUCAGCUCGAGGAGUCGAUGGUUCUCAACACCCUCCUGCAGGAGGAGCUGCAGAACGUGAUGAGAAAUCGUGAAGAAUCGAUCCAGCAGCCGAUGGGCAGUUCUUUCACCGCCCCGGAGAGGUCAAGUGGUGACCUCCUGGCCGAGGUCGCGACCUUGCGCGAGCGGACGGUCACCCUGGAGGCCGAGAACAUGAAGCUGCAGGAGGAGAGCGGUCCCGCGUUGACGCGCGCGGCCAUGCUGACGGCGGCAGCUGCAGCGCUCGGGCCAGCGCUCGACGCAGCUGGAGCUGCGUGCCGAGCGAGCCGAGCUGGCGCUGGCCGAGGCGCGGCGCGACGUCGAGGAGGCGCGGCGAGCGCGCGAAGUCGCGGAGACGGAGUCGCGGGCGCUCGCUGGGCUGGAGGCGCGCAUGGAGGAGGAGUUCCGCGAGGUGCUCGCUGCACGGCAGCAGCUGCAGGCGGCGUACCUCCGACUCGAGGAGCACAGCCACGGGCUGGAGCAGAGCUUGGCGAAGGUUUCCGCUUGGGACCGCAAGGUCGACGUCCAGACGCCCGAUCACCAUCGCAACAAGGGUCGAGACGACGCGUCCUACCUCGAUGGCAGCUCGAUCAUCAAUGACAACAACCUCCCCAGUGUGGACGGGCGUUUGGGCUGCGAGACGGCCGUCAUGGACCAGUACACGUUCGUCGAGUCAGG